AUGGCUCAUGGCUUCCUUCUCAUAAUCAUCUUAUUCACGUCCAUUAUAUCUCCAAAUAUCCACGCAUGCAACCAAAAUGAACAUAGCGCUCUCUUGUCCUUCAACCUCACUCUAUCCUCUCCUCCUUUAAAUUGGACUUCCAUUAACUGUUGUAGUUGGGAAGGCAUCACUUGUAAUCCGGAAGGUCGGGUCACCCAUUUGCUCUUACCCUCGAAGGGGCUCGACGGAGUUAUUUUUACCUCGUCAUCCUCACUUGCAAACCUCACGCAUCUCACCCACUUGAAUCUCACCCACAAUUCACUUCAGGGUUCACUUGAAAAUAAACUCUUUGAGUCCUUGAAUUCUCUUGAGAUUCUUGAUUUGAGCUAUAACCUUCUUUCUGGAGAGCUACCUUUGUCUCUAACAUCCAGCAACAUCCGGACACUCGAUUUGUCAAGCAAUCGCUUCCAUGGUCCAAUUCCAUCUUCGUUCUUCAUGCAUGCUUGGAAAUUGACAAGUUUCAACGUUAGCAACAAUGCCUUCUCCAGCAACAUCCCAUCCUCUGUAUGUCUCCAUUCUAACCCCUUGGUUAAAGUGUUGGAUUUUUCCUCAAACCAAUUCAGUGGCAACAUUUACCGUGGUUUUGGGAGGUGUUCCGAACUGCAAAUUUUUCGUGCUGGUCACAAUAAUCUCUCAGGGCCACUUCCAGAAGAUAUCUAUAAUGCCACCAAACUCAAAGAGGUUGCAGUACCUCUGAAUUCUCUACAUGGAGGCAUAAGUGAUAGAAUUGUCAACCUCACCAACCUCGCAAUCCUUGACCUCUCCUUCAAUCAACUAAGCGCAGUGCUCCCUCUCCAUUUGGGGAAGCUCUCCAGGUUAAAAAUUGUACAGCUCGAUUACAACAACCUACAAGGUCCGUUGCCCCAAUCUUUGAUGAAUUGCACCAGCCUUGUAGAACUACGUUUGGGACGAAAUAACUUGGAAGGAGACAUUACCAAGCUUAAUUUCUCCAAACUUGUUCAACUGACUAAACUUGACCUGCGUGUGAACGAGUUCACUGGUAAGUUGCCAAUGAGCCUUUACUCAUGUAGAUCCCUGAAAGCAAUUCGAUUAGGUUCGAACAAUCUAGAGGGACAAAUACAACCUGAGAUUCUUUCGUUAAACUCUCUGUCCUUCCUCUCUCUUAGUGGCACCCGAUUGGAAAAUGUCAUGGGAGCAAUGAAGAUACUGAUGCAUUGCAAAAGUCUUCGAGCACUCCUCCUUACGGAGGCCUUUAACGGUGAAGAAAUGCCAUCUGACGAUGACAUGGUUGGUUUUGAUGGAUUUCAAAAUCUUCGAGUUUUGAGCUUGGCGUCUUGUGAUCUCACCGGUCAACUACCUGCAUGGUUAGCAAAGCUAAAGAAUCUAGAGACCUUGGCUCUGGCAUAUAACAAAAUCGCAGGGACAAUUCCUAGCUGGUUGGGGACUGAUCUACCAAGACUUUUUCAGAUAGACUUGGCAAGAAACCUUAUUUCAGGUGAAUUUCCAAAAGAACUUUGUAGAGUACCGGCGUUGGUACAUCAACCUGUUGCAGCUCAAGAAGACCAUUAUGAACUCGAAUUGCCAAUCUACGAUACCAACCCCGCCGGGGUACUAAAUGCCUAUAGCAGAUUGUCUAACUUUCCUGCAUUUAUAGAUCUUUCUUCCAACAACAUUACCGGUAAUAUACCGUCUGAGAUCGGCCAACUGCAGCGUCUCCAUUCGUUGUAUCUAGACGACAACAACUUCUCCGGCAACAUUCCAGACCAAAUUUCUAACCUUAAGAAGCUCGAAGGUUUGGCUCUCUCCGAGAAUCACUUGUCCGGAAAAAUCCCAUCGUCUCUGGCGAGCCUUAAUUUCUUGAAUGACUUUAAUGUCUCGUACAAUAAUCUCGAAGGUCCAAUCCCAACAAGCACUCAGCUCCAAAGCUUUGAAGCUUCUGCAUUUGAGGGGAAUCCAAAACUUUGCGGUGCACCGCUUCCAAACGAGUGUCGCAUUGAUGCGCAUGAUAAAAAUAACCGAGAUGAUGAGGACGAUGGGCAUCAACUACCGUGGUUCUAUAUUUUCGCUGCGUUCGGGUUUAUUUUCGGAUUCUGGGGAGUAUGUGGUUCUUUGAUCGUAAAGAAGACAUGGAGAUAUGCAUACUUUCGGUUCACAGACAAAGUACAAGAUAGGCUCUAUGUCAUGUUAGCAGCGAGCAUGAAUAGGAUGAAAAUAUGGCUUAGCUAA